GGGUUUUCAAGGUCACGGCGCUAAGUUCGGUACCUGAUGCUUACGUACAAUCGGUUUACAACGGAUUUUAGAGAAAACAUGAUGUUCUUUAGUCUCGCCGAGAAACCUUAUCGAAGACUUUACUUAGAACUAUCCAAGUCAAAUCUGCUGGGAUAUUUCUAUUUUUAAUUCCAGUCUGACCUCUUUCUACAUGGUUCCGUCAGAAAAUGACAUAAAGUUCACAUGGCUUGCAGCUUGUCUUGUCAGUUUAUAUGGUUUAGGAUCAUGGAUUGUUGUUAAUGGAUUAUGGGUUGAACUACCGUUAUUGGUGAAUGUUCUACCAGAAGGUUGGAGUUUGCCUGCUUACCUGAUAAUCAUUGUACAAGUAGCAAAUGUGGGACCAGUGAUCUAUGUUCCGUUGGCAAAACUUUUGGAAGCUAAAACAAAUGGAUUUUUUUCGCGUUGUUUACAACCACCUGAAAGGAUAGCCAACUAUUUAAUACUUGCUGUCGGUCUAAUAUCAUGCAUAUUGAUUUCGCAGUUUUGGAACUCGGUAGCUUACGUAUCAAUAUUAAAACCUGGCUACUAUAGUAUUGGAUUAUUUGUCUUAGCUUUGUUUGCUUCAAUUGUUGAUUGUACAUCAUCAGUUACAUUUAUUACCUAUUUGAAUGGAAUGCCUCAAUUGUAUGUAGGUGCUUUACAUUUCGGUGAAGCAUUUAGUGAUUUAGUUCCAAGUACAUUAGCCCUUAUUCAAGGAGUUGGGUCAGAAUCGGAAUGUAUCAAUAAAACAGUUAAUAAUACACUUCGUGUGGUCCCCUUUUUUCCUCCACCACGUUUUUCUGUCAGUACAUUCAUUUAUCUAUUAUGCAUCGUUUUAUUGUUAUCCUUGACUGCAUUCAUCCUACUGGAUUGUUCACCUAUUGGUUUAGGUCGAUUUAUCCAUGAACAUUAUCGAAAAACUAAUUUCAUAGUUGAAUCUAAUGCAAAUAUUCAUAGCAUAAAUCACAAUAGUCUAGAAAGAUUUAAAUCGAAUGGAAAUCAACAUAUUUCUAAUGAUACCUUUGAAUAUAUUCAAAAUGUCGAUGUUUCUGUGUUGUAUCAGAUUGAACAAACUGUACAGUCUCAAAAUGAUGUUAAUAUUACGAAACAGUUUGGACCAAACAUAUUUUUAUCAUGUUUACUUAUCAUUUACAUUAGUGCAUCAAAUUAUGGAUUUCUACCAGCUAUACAAUCUUAUUCAUGUGCUGCGUAUGGCUCUCUUACAUAUCAUUUAGCAGUUACACUGUCAGGAUUAUGCUCUGCUAUAAUGACAGUGUUAACUACAUUUCUUGUCAAUCAUUAUUGUAGGGAAAUAGGUAGUACUGAUGAAUCAACGUUUGAAAAUUUGCAAACUAUGAAUCGUGAAUUAAAUGAACAGAAUCAAAUUUGUUACAUACAAAAACCUGACAUAAUUAUGAGUAAUACAUAUACACGCUCACUCCAAAAUAAAUGGAUCAGUAUUUCACUCAUCUCUUUGUUACCUGUUGCUUACGUUGUUUAUUUGGCUAGUUCAAGUCCCAAUCCACCAUAUUUGGGUGGUUUCGGUUCUGCCAGUGCUAUCCUGGCUUGGAUUGCGAUACGCUGUUUAUUUGCCAGUUUGCGCACAUGGAUAUGGAUGAGUUUGUCUAGCCAUUCCAAUAAACCGACGCGACUCAGAUUAGCUGGAUUAUCUACACAAUUCGGAGCAGCACUCGGCGCAAUUUUAGGCUUCAUAUUAGUUGUUUAUUUUCAACUAUUUAGAAGUAAACUACCUUGUAUUCAAGUGUAAUUUAGAUGAAACUCAUGUGAUAAUGUCUUUCAUACUUUAACGUAUUUAUGUAUAGAUCAUAUUUCGGAAAUGGGAAAAAUACAUUAUUGUUGAUUAUUUAGCUAGUAUUUUUUAAAACUAAUUUCUGUGUAUUUAAUAAUGCUAAUUUAUUGUAGGUAUCUUACAAUAUUUACGUAAUUAUAUACUGCUUAUUUGUACUUAUUUAGUGUAACAUGAAUUAUAAAGAAAUGCUUAUCUGUG